UACUGCUUUGAUAAUAUGUACGAUAAUGACAAAUUGUAAACAUAAGUUAUUUUGUGUUUUGUCAGUGCUUCAUAUUUUUACAUUUGUGUUUUAACAUGAUAUGUUCAUUUCUAGAAAGUGGAAAAUAAAACAAAAAUUGCAUUGCUAAUCAAGACAGAAUUAAAGUGUUAAAUAAGUUAAAUCAGUGUUAAAUAAUGGGUAAUGCUGGAAGUGGACCCAACAGAGAUAGACAAAAAGCUGGAGAAAGCAAUGCACCUCAUUCUCCUAGUAAAGAAGAACAGGCUUUUGUAUUUGAUAAGAAACCAAAUAAUAAGCUGGUUUUUCAAUCGUCUCAUGAUGAAGAAGAACCUUAUUUUACGAAAGAGCGAGAUUCAUCAGAAAAUGAGAUUGGAGCACCAAGAAAACGAGCUGCCACACUCUCAGAAGGAUCAAAAAUUCCCACAGGAAUUGAUGACUCAGUAUUGCCAACCGUGUUUAAGUGGGAAGGAGGUGGAAGAAAUGUCAUGAUUAGUGGAACAUUUUCAGAUUGGAAAGCUUUGCCAAUGGUUAAAAGCCAUGGUGAUUUUGUCACAAUAAUUGACUUACCCGAAGGGGAACACCAGUACAAAUUCUGUGUUGACGGAGAUUGGAGAUAUGAUCCUGGAGUGAGAACUACUGACAACGGAAUGGGCUCCAAGAACAACCUGGUUACAGUGAAACGAAGUGAUUUUGAAGUGUUCCAAGCUCUCGCAAUGGACAGCGAAAGUGCUUCAGAGAGACAACACAGGGAAUAUUCUCAGGAGAUCCCUGCCAACAGGCCGUGGGAGAAGCCAUCUGGACCUCCCAUUCUACCACCUCAUCUGCUACAAGUUAUACUCAACAAAGAUACUCCUUUAUCGUGUGAGCCAACAUUGUUACCAGAGCCUAAUCACGUCAUGCUGAAUCAUCUGUACGCUUUGUCGAUCAAAGAUGGAGUCAUGGUCCUCAGUGCUACGCACCGAUACCGCAAGAAAUACGUGACCACUCUGCUGUACAAGCCUAUCUAACCAGGAGUAGACUGUCGAGGAUAUGUACACUGUACAGUUACAGACAUUCUCUAUCAGGCUAAACAUACAAUACAGUUAUUAGUUGGAUAAGUUUAAAAGAUUGUAUUUUAGAGUCAUGUUUAAGGAACCCCAACUCAUACUGGAUAUUAGAAAUUUAAAGUUGUACCGAUGGUCUUGAAACAAAGAAUAGGACGAGGUUACUUUUACUGUACUGAAUUUACUUGCUUGAAUAUCAUUGUAGAAUAUUAGUACAUAAUGAUUUAACGUAUUUAACUGAGAGUAUAAAAAUAAUAUUAGUAUUGUAUUUUGGUUACCCGUAUAUAUUGUACAUAAGAUUAAAUGUAUGUUUUACUUA